AUGUCGCUGCAAAAGAGUGUGAAAAGUGGAGGUGGAGAUAGGAGUGACCUAGGUGAUACAACAUCGAUAUGUUCCUCGGUGACGACGCAGCCAGACAGGCACGGCUUCUUUGGAGGUGCUCAAUACAGUCCAGAGCCACAAACUCUCCUAGGAGAAAUAGCUCAUGCCAGGAGACCUGUGGGCCGUCCAAAGCUGAGGUUUAAGGAGAACGUAAAGCGCGAUGUGAUCUCCUUCGACAUCAACUUUUCUAAUUAG